UAAGGCUAAACAUGUCAACACAUGUCAUGACAUAGGGUCCUCUUCUGAGCCCCUCUCUAAUCUUAAAGAGGAGCUUAUUAGGGCGGGGUAAAAGAAGUAAAAUUAUAGACAAGCACGUCAGCAGGAUUUGAGGGUGGAGUAUAUAAGAUAGGCAAAAGAGACAACCGAUACACAAACUGACCAAAGAGAAAUCUACCAGCAACCAACUGAGCAACUGAAACAGAGAAUAAAAGAUGGCAGACGCAGCUGUUGCAACUCCCGCCGACAAGAAGGCCCCACCCAAGUUCAAGCAGAGGGCCGCUCGUACCUUCAAGAGCAAAGCCCCCAAACCAGGCCAGAAAGGAUUUGGAGACGACAUCCCCGGCAUGGAGGGUCUCGGCACAGACAUCACAGUGGUUUGCCCAUGGGAGGCCUUUGGUGACAUGGAGCUCAGCGACCUUGCGAAAUAUGGAAUUGUCUAGAGACCCUGCCAUGUCUUUAACACAACAAAUAUACCUCCCAGGACUGAUUUCCCUUUGCCUACUUCUCCUCUCUUGCCCUGCUCUUCUUUACCCUUGAAAAAACCUGACCUUAUGUCUGUUAUUGUGUUAGGCCCACGCCAGCUUUUGGUAACAUUGCACAAUUAAUGAUACUUCUGGCUAAAAAAACAAGGUGAAAUUGGCAAAUGUAACUUUAUUAAGUUACAGUAUAUAUUAAAAGUAUUAAUUCAUAUAUGCUUCACUGAGGUUUCCAUGCUAUGAGCAAUAAUCCCUACCUUCCUCGCCGUUUUUGUACUUGGCUUGUGCAUUUCUGAGAGACAGUGGACAAGCCUGGAUCUGUUUGUAGAGGUUUCAGCUGCUGUUUUUGCAGUAUUGCACCACUAAACCUUUGCUCCUCUCUCCUGCCUUUUCCAAUCCAUUCCCUUCCCUCUCCUUGGAGCUAUUCCUUUUUAAUGUACAGCUGUUUAUGAUAUAUGAAUAUAUACAUAUAUAAAUAUAUUUUUAUUUUUAUGAACUCUGGAAGUAAA